AUGUUGAGCCACGUGGCAGCUCCGGCUUCGCCGAAGCCCCUCCCUUGUCGCCGGCGCUUUCUUCCGACACACGUUCCUCGCUCUGAGCGCCUGCUUGAGAGCGCCUGGGGGGAUCCCCCGGGGCACCACUCCUCUAGCGAUGAGAGCUCGGCUGGCUCCGGUGCGUCAUGGUCCAUUGAGGGGGCCGACUUUCAGCAGCCAGAGAGCCCCCCCAGCGCAACUUUGUCGGUCCCCGGUAAGAGCCAUGGACUUAGUGAUUCGAACCGUCCGAUCUUCGUUAAUCACUAUCACUACCACGUUCCUCCGCCGUUCGAUUUCGGCCGCACCCUAGCUCAAACCCCGGUUGAUGCGCACCCGAUUGAAGAUCUUCCCCCGACCACCCUACACACGCUCCUCCCGAUGCUGACGUCGCUCCAAGAAUCGGGCGGCGUCUCUAACCCGGUACUAACCCCGUCCCUCCCUCUCGACCACCCUAUCAUGUCCCACUUUCCUCCCCAACCGGUUUCCUUACCAACCCCUCUUAACCCUACUCAUAACCCAAUAAACGGCGGACGGACCAACGACGAGCGAAGAGUCAGCGUCAACGGGUCCCUAUCCACAGAGUACACAUACAGGCAAGACGCCUGGGUCGCUUCUCAAGGGAUCCCCGUGAAGUCAUCUGCGUGCCCGGUGACAAACCCCGACCGCCCACCAAAGUAUCCCCCCAUCUUCAGCCGACCCCACCCCCCAAGACCUCAGAAGCGCCCGGGUUCCACGCGCGCCGAGCCUCGGAAAAAGCGGGCGAAGAGCGGAUCCGCCCCCCGGUUCAAACUUCCGGGCAGCACUAUUCAUUCAGAGGGGAAGCGCUUUCCAAACGGUUUGCCCAACAAUGGCUGGCUCGGGCCGUUCUGCAGCCCCGUUGACGAGGUUUCCGGGUGGGAGCAGGCCUGGGACCGGCACUCAGAAAAGUGCUACGGUGAUUGA